ACAUAACAAGUUUGCUCUCUGGCCGUUCCGUUACUACCUGCCAAGCACUAAUGGCGAGAGCUUACGGGAGAGGGAGAUCACAAAUCACCCAUCCCGUUCCCGUAGUCGUGGCCGGCCUCAGCUCUCCUCCCUCUUCCGUACACGCCUAUAUAUACACAGACAUACUCGGCACUCCUCUCCAGCUGCAAACGCGGGCGCGCCCAACACGUUACAAAGAUCAAAGAUCGUCAGAGGAGAGGGAGAUCAAUGAGGGAUCUGGAGGAGUUCAGGGGCGCGGGAGCAGCGGCGGCAGGAAAGCGGAACGGCGGUGAGGGUGGCGCAUCGUCGUCGGCGUCGUGGUGGGCGGGCGACCCGGAGGCGAAGCGGCGGCGGAGGGUGGCGGCGUACAAGGCGUACGCCGUGGAGGCCAGGGUCAAGGCGUCGCUCCGCCGCGGGUUCCGCUGGAUCAAGGACCGCUGCACCGGCAUCGUCCACCGCUCCUGACUGACUCGCCGGAGGAAUGAACAUCAGUUGAUGCAAAGCCCGGCCGCCAAAACGUGCUCUCACGUCGUCGCGUUUGACCAUCUUUGCCGUGUUCUUGCUGUUUAUAAUGUUUUCUCUUCUCUUUCUCUCUUUUUUUUUCUUCAUUUUUUCUGAUGCAAGUUAUUUGUAUGCCUGAUUGUCUUCCUCUUCUUACGGAUGCGAGAUAAAAGAGAUCAUCCGAAUAACUCUGUCCAUGCUUCUAUAGCAGUUGAUUAGAUGUUUUUUGCCCCUCAACCA